AUCAAACUCAGUCUCCUUCUGUCCGCAUAUUCACGUUAGAAGUUGAGGUUAUUGCUUUAAGACAUGAAGCUCUGGGCUACAAUCGCUGCUCUUGGGCUCCUGGCAAUAGGGGCAUGGGCACAAGGGGUGAUGCCCACAAUCAGCUUGCCGCCCUGUGACUCCCCAGAGGCUGAAGCAGCUGCUCUGGUGGCACAGGACUUUCUGAAUGCUCAACACACCCACGGCUACAAAUAUGCCCUGAAUCAGAUUGAUAAAAUCAAGAUCAUCUCCAAGCCAGGUGAAGCAGACACAUAUCUUUUGGAGCUGGACUUGCUGGAAACUACUUGUCAUGUCUUAGAUCCGACACCAGUGGGCCAAUGUCCAGUCCGACAAAAACAAUUUACGGCAGUUGAGGCAGAUUGUGAUUUUGCCCUCUCAAAUACAACUCAAGGCCUGUCUGUUGUAGCAUUCAAGUGUAAAACAGAGACAGAGUCAACAGAGGAUUUAUGUUUAGGCUGCCCUCUCCUCAUUCCUUUAAAUGACACGGAUGGCAUUCAGCUCAUUGAAGCCUCAUUAGAUGGUUUCAAUAAAAACCAUACUCUAAAUACUAAAUUUGCACUCUUUGAAAUUGGACGAAUGGCAUCCCAGGUUGUCAGCGGCGGAAACAUGUACUUUGCAGAAUAUGGCAUAAUUGGGACUAACUGCACAAGUCAUGAUGAUGAUAUAUGUAUUCCCCAGAAUCACACCGUUGCUGUCCAUGGCUUCUGUCUAGCUCAAGGUUCGGCCAAACUGAAUAAAGUUGACUGCAAUAUCUUCAAAACCCAAGUUGUGGACCCAGCAACCAAUGCCACAGUGCCAGUCCAACAACUUCUACAUGCGCACACUUCUGGACCUCACCACAACCCAACCAUCCACGGUCUUAAACAUCACAAGCUGACAACCCUCCAUGACCCUGCUGCAAGCGGUCUGCUCUCUGCAGAAUCUGCUGAAUCAGCCGAGAUAGUGGUGCCAAAGGAAGCUCCUGUUGUCAAGAGGGAGGUUGCUGCAUCAGAAGGGCUAGCCACAGAUGUAACGGCAGAUGCAACAGUGGCAGAAAAAACACCCAUUCCUUUACAGUCAAUGCCCACUGUGCCAAUCUGUCCAGGAAAAAAGAAACAUUUCUGACCUGGUCGCAUCCCAUGAACUAACCCUUUAAAUUACAUUGUUUAGGUCCUCAGAGAUUUUAGGGUUUGUCCUGUUGAGUUCUGAGAAUACCAGCAAGCUAAAAACUGAACACAUACCUACAGUUUAUCUGGAGUAAAUGUUUUAUCAAAACAGGUACAUGUAGUUACAAAACUGGCAUUAUGUUACAUCAUGUUAAAGAAGCAGUCAAGGCUAUGCCAGAUUUAUACAAUGGUGCUGUAAUAAAAUGUUUACCUUGA